GAGAUAUUUCUAUGUUCUUUUUUUUUUUCCCCAAAGAGAGAUAUUUCUACUUUCUUUUUGGUCUUCUUCUUCGGCCACUAGGAACAGAGUGAUACCUAACUCUCUAGUUUUGUAACUGAGACUUGAAUUUGGGACAAAAUCUCUUCUCUUCUAUUCAUCGAAAUCAUGGGUUCGAUUGCAAAGAAAGGGUUCCAGCAAUACUUGAUUCAGCUCCAACAUCAUCCCCUGCGAACCAAGGCAAUUACAGCGGGUGUUUUGUCAGCGAUCAGUGACAUAGUUUCUCAGAAGCUCACUGGCAUACAGAAACUUCAGAUGAGACGGCUUCUUCUCAAAGUGAUUUUUGGUGCUGCUUAUCUUGGUCCAUUUGGCCAUUUCAUGCAUAAAUUACUAGAUAAAAUUUUCAAGGGGAAGAAGGAUUCAAAAACGGUAGCCAAGAAGGUGCUGCUGGAACAGUUGACCUUGUCACCUUGGAACAACUUGCUUUUCAUGAUUUACUAUGGAUUGGUUGUGGAGGGAAGACCUUGGGUUCAUGUGAAAGCUAAAGUAAAGAAGGACUACCCAGCCGUACAAUAUACUUCUUGGACGUUUUGGCCUGUUGUGGGGUGGAUCAAUCACCAGUAUGUGCCACUGCAAUUCCGGGUCAUUCUUCAGAGCUUUGUUGCAUUUUUCUGGGGAAUAUUUCUGAAUCUCCAAGCACGAACCAUGGCGUUACCGAAGGCCAAGUGAAGAAAACAAGUUUCUUAUGAACCCAAGAUAAAUUUAAUUUAGCUUCUACUCACCAGCUACUUUUAGUUUGCUCUCAGCUGCUCUUAAGUUGAGCUAUCAUGGAUUCAAGAUUGGUUAUGGGUUUUAAAUCUUCUUCAUUGUGUAUGCUGGCUCAUAUUAUAGAUUGUUCAACGUCACAACUAUGUUUUUCCCUUGCAUUCUGUUGCUUACAAUUAAAUAAAUAACAGAAUAGUUUAUUGCCUUGCAACGAA